AGUCCGUGGAAUCCACCGAAGGGAUACAUCUGUCUUUAUGAAUCCUAAUAGACGGAUUGUCGCCUCUUGUUUCCCCUUCCUUUAUUGCUGCUUGCGUAUGUUCAUCGUAGCGAAAUGGCGAUCUCCCAGCUUACCCCAGCUUGUAUUUGUAACUUUGUGGGGGCAUUAACAAUUGCCAUCGAGGUCGGUAUUUAGAUUGGGUCCAUUUUUUUUGAAGAAAUGACGACGCUCAAGUCGGCCAAGAAGAAGGGGACCUCGGUUGUGAACAUGCGUCCGACUCAAAACCUUUUGCCUAGCGUUAAGGUCAGCAACUUUAAGCAUUAGGAUCAGCGGUAUUUCAACAUCCAAGCUGACCAGAAUUCUUCUGAAACCCCAUUCAUUGCAAGGCGGAGAGUGUGGAACAGUUCUCCUGAUGGAUUUUGCCUGGUUCGAGACGCACUUUAUAGAGGCUCUAAUCGCGAGUGGCAACAUUUUACUCCAAAAAUAAUUGAGAGAGCCAUGGGUAAAGCCAAAACAAGUUUCCCAGCUUUGCAAACACACUCGACGAAUCGUCCAAAGCAGUUGGUACGUCUAUUGCUGACUCAAAUAGGCUGCAGACCCAAAUUCCAACCUCUAAGGUCGAGGCUGUCGUCCUGGAGGACCAACCUGCAACUGAACCUAAAGGGGCUAGGAAUGAGACGUCUGAUGUUGAUAUCGAUCAGGUUGACAUGACAUUUGUCAAGCAGGUCGAGGUCUUGCCCCUGCCGAGCAAUUUUUUUCCUGAAGCUAAGACGAAGUUCACUGCUUCGAGAAGAUGACCGCUUAAGCAUCUAAGACAAAGGGAAAUUAGGUUGUGUCCGGCAAAAAAGGCAGCAACUUUAAGCAAAGGGAAAAGCGGUUCUUCUACGUCCGAGCUGAUUCUAAAUCUUCCGAGAGCGCAUUCGCUGGAAGGCAGAGAGUGUGGAAUAGAUCUCCGGGUCGAGCCAUAUUCUCUAAUUAUUUUGGACUUAUAAAGACUUAUUUGAUCUAACUUUCUUCCUUUUUUACAGUUCGCCUUAGGCCAUUAAAAAAAUUUCUAAACAAAUUUCAAGAGAUCCGAGAGACUCUUUUUCAAGGUUCUAAUUUUGAGUGGGAGCAAAUCACUUGAAGAAGAGUUGAAAGCGCGAUGUGUAGAACAAGGAGGAACUUCCCAAGUUUCACCAAAACACUUGGUGAGUCAUCGACAGCAGAUGGUACGAAUGUCGUCGAUUCUAGUCUUCUGGCUUCCACCAUAGUGCCAGCUCGAAGUCCAACCUCAGAAAUUGAAACUAUCGUUCCCAAGCACCAAAAUGAAAUUGAGAUUGAAAGAGAUAGAGACUAUAUGACUACUAUCGGGUAGAUUCGCAAUGUUAACCCGACAACGGAACAGGUCGGAACCGAUUUGAUCGAGGGAAAAGAAGAAAGAAAAGAGGACACGCUUAUCAACCAAGGUCGGAAAUCAGUCUGGUCGUAAGAGGUCAGCAAGAAGCAGGUCUAGAUUCCAAUGAUAUGUUUUGAGUAUCUCAAGAAUGUCAGUUUGGUUUUGAUUAUUUCAGAGAAGUGCCCCUUGCGAUGGUGCGGGAGGCAGCGGGCCACCUAUGUCGGAACGUGAAGAGCUCCUCAUCGAUUCUUCUCAAACCAAAAAACAUAUAUUUCGAGGAGAAGUACCUGAAUUUUGCUCGGUUUUCAGUUCAGUCUAUCGCCUAUGACAAUGCCCUAUUUCUGAAGUAUAAUAGGCGGCUGAAAUCUCAUUCGACCUCUGAGCACACCUUCCACUUGAUGAAGGAAUGUUUUGAGCGAGCUCGGGCUAUGGAAGCAUCACUACGAGGUACAGUUUAUGAGCUCGUGGGUGCUGCCAAGGAGACAAAAGGAGUCAUGGCCUCCCUUGAACAAAUUGUGUCCAACCUAUCAUCCAGUGAAUCAGGCCUCCAGGAGGAAAAGGUGAAACUGCAGGAGAAUCACGACUUUGGUUCUUUGCAAUCGGGAGCUCCUACUCUGGCUUCCAUCCGAGAACCUCAAGGAUCUUAUGCGGAGGCUUUUCAAACUGACCUGACGAUCAGGACGACAGGCGUUGAUGCUAACCUUCGUAAAGCCUGAAUGUAGACUGCUUCCUCGAUUUCUUCUUUUCUUUUCUGUUCUUAUUCUUUAAGAAUUUGAUUCAUCCGGGCCGUAGGCAUUUGUAAUAACAAUUUGAUUUUGUAAAUUUGUUUCACUUUAUCCGAAUUCUCGAAAGUUAAU